UUCAUGGAAACACUUUACAGAUUGGGUCGAAACGAUUCCAACACAACCUCCUAUACACAGAACUCAGUUUUCGACAAAGUUGACAAAUAUUCCACAAAUGUUAGAUUCGGCAACAACCUGCGAUUUCAAACAGGAGACGAAGAAUCUUGGAGAUUCUGGUUUUGCUGAAUUAGAAAAUUGUUGUGAAAUGAAAUCAACACACCUGAAUGUUUCUCACCUGCUCAAUGCAGUGGACAGUGAAAUGACAGUGGGCAGUGAGAAAGGAGACCCUACGGAAAGACAAUUACACGUGAAACUCGAAGACAAGGAAUUAUGGGGAAAAUUCAAGGAGUUCACAAACGAAAUGAUCGUCACAAAAAACGGCAGGCGGAUGUUUCCGGUGUUCCGAGUGACUAUUUCCGGUGUGGACCCUAACGCUAUGUAUACUGUCCUAUUGGACUUUACACAGGUGGACAGUCAUAGGUGGAAGUAUGUUAAUGGAGACUGGGUCGCGGGGGGCAAGGCUGAGCCGGCCGCUCCAAACUGCGUAUAUAUCCAUCCAGACUCGCCCAACUUUGGAGCUCACUGGAUGAAGGAGACGGUGACCUUCAGCAAGGUCAAGCUCACCAACAAACUGAACGGCGGAGGACAGAUAAUGUUGAACUCCCUACACAAAUACGAGCCCCGUGUUCAUAUCGUCAAGGUGAACAACUCGCAGAAGAAGAGGAUAACCAGCUUCAGCUUCCCCGAGACACAGUUUAUCGCCGUUACAGCCUAUCAGAAUGAAGAGAUCACUGCCUUGAAAAUAAAACACAACCCUUUCGCCAAGGCCUUCCUGGACGCCAAAGAAAGACCUGACCAGAAAGAUUUCGCGGAUGACCCUCUGGACGGCCAGCGAUCACUCUCGCAUUUGGCGAGUACGUGGUACAUACCCCCAGGAGGCCAUUCUUUGGUCCCGCCCCCCGCACACCAGUUUCCUAACGCCAUCAACCUGUCUAACGCUCACUGUGACCGCCUCAGCCUAAGACAAGCGCGGACCUCACCCUACCCCCAUCCGUACCAACGCCGCUCACCCCCUCACGGGGGCUACCCCAGGGACGUAACCAGCAAUAUACCUGUUCUAAAUAUACCCGACAAUUGGCCGCAUAUGUCUACCGGAAGUCACGGAAUGUUGGGACAAUCCAGUACAGCAACACCACAGUCACAGUACGGAGUGUGGCCAAUGGCUGGACCGAUCGGUAACCUAUCACCCAAUCAGAACUGUGCAAUGCCGUACCUGCGCUCAAGUGCCCCUUAUACGUUAUGCAAUAGUACAACAACGAUCUCCAGUGUACCAAACGUGACUCUAUCAAACUCAGUGCCUACAUCAACAUUUGAAACAUGUGACAUUUCUCCCUUCUCAUCCAAUCGUGAUGUUUUCAAGAACAACGCGUGGGGCCCUUUGUCUCCGCCACCGAUCUAAACCUAGAUUCUACAUUGUGAUUGGAUAGAAAUAAGUCACGUGCUUCUGUGAUAAA